AAUGCGGUGGGGACGGCAUACACAAAGGUUCUGAUCUGGCUCAUCGCUGUCGUGGUUACCCUACAGUUUGUGGACUAUGAUUGGAAUAUCCUCAACUUUUCACGUAGUCAGCCAUCUUUACCAAAGCUGCAAGUUGUUUCAAAGUUGACCAAGGUGAAGACAGAGCUGAAAGUUCCAAAGGUCAACAAAGUUUUACAAACUAAUGAAACAUCUGUAAAAUUUAUUGAUCUACCUUUGAGUGCACCACAUGACCUUGACCUUCGUGUGAUCGUAAUUACCUAUAACCGUGCCAAUUCUGUUGUAAGAUUAUUGGAAUCCUUAAACAAUGCUGACUAUUUAGGUGACAAGGUAGCUAUUGAUGUCUGGAUUGAUCGAUCCAAAUCUGGUGUCAUCCAUGAAGAAACCUACGCAAAGGCAAAACAGUUUAAAUUCAAUCAUGGCAUUAUUAACGUCCAUAACCAGACGGGGCAUGCUGGGAUAUACGGUCAGUGGAUGAAGACGUGGAAUCCGCCGUCAGACAGCAAGGAAAUUGCUGUUAUAUUGGAAGACGAUUUAACAGUGUCAAAAUAUUUCUACAAAUGGCUGAAAAAUGUUCACGCAAAAUACGAUUCACUUCCAUAUAUCAAUGGUUAUGCGCUGCAGGGUUACAGCAUGAAACAUGGUGGAGCUGCGGGACAGCUUCGUGCUCCAGAUGAAAACAUUGUCUUCAUGUACCCGAUUCUUGGUACAUGGGGAUUCUCACCAAAUAGAGAAAAUUGGAUAAAAUAUGUGAAAUGGUUUGAUAGUAUGUCAAAAGUAAAUAAUUUUAAACCAACAGUUUCAGGUAUUCUGCCAACAUUGUGGUAUAAUAACUUCAUAAAGCAGGGAAAAACUGGUGGGAUGUGGUCCAUGUGGCAUAUCUACCAUGCUUGGAAGUUUAAGGAACAGACCAUAUACCCUAAUCUUCCAGGGAAAUCCGGACUUACUAUCAACUGGAAGGAAUCUGGUCUCCAUUACUCUAAAUCACAAACCGUCACGAAGAACAAGGAUCCAAUCCUGACCGUUUGGGAUAAAAAAUUUGACAAUUUGCCUGAUGUGCCGGUUCACCUCAAUGUUAAUGGUAAAGUUUGUCCCCGGGAACAGUAUCUGUAGUGUUAAACAUGGUGUGUAUUGAUGAUCCCGUUCAACCGAAAAAUGUCUAAAAACUUUCUCAGUAUAAUGGAAUUUUUUUCUCUGCAAAAACAUGUUUGCCAACAAUUUUUUUUUUAAAUUUAGAUUGGGGCGAAUUAUCUGUUUUCAGAUUUUGCUGCUGUUGACUAAUAUCACAUUUAUAGAACUCCUUUUGACCAACUAAUUCAUUUGAAGUUAGUUACAGGUUUACUGCCUACAGUAUAGAACACUGUUUUCGCAUUCAUUCAAUUACUUGAACCUUUAUUCAAAUAAUUGAACCUAUCUUAUAAUAUGAGUAUCUGAUAUUCCAAUUGUUAUUUACCUUUUUACCUGAGUUAAAUUGAAUUGAUCAUAUUUUCAAAUAAAAUAGGGCAAUGUUGUAUGUAUAGUUUAAUUGAAUUAAAUCUAUAUCAAUAAUGACAUCUAGAUAAAUUACAAUUGAUUUCAACCUAGGUUCAAUUAUCUAUAUCUAUGGGUAUAGAUAUUUGAAUACAUGUUAAAACUGCAUCCCAUACAUAAAAGUUUGUCUUCUCUCAUGCUAUGUUUAAUAGAGGGGGGGGGGGGUUAAUUUCGCACGAUUUUGAUAUGUCAACAAUACGCAUUAGGGUAAUUUUCGCUAUCGAUCCACCUUCAUUUGUAGUUCGAGAUCAAAAGGACUCUGUGUAAUUAGCAUAAAUUUCCCCCCUCACGUAAAUUUCCACGCUUUACAGUAAUUAAGGCCUCAAAGUUAGGGUCAAACACAGUGAGGUUUCCUCUAAGUUGGUAAGUAUGUAAGUAAUCAUUUUAAAGUUGUGUGACGCAACAUUCUAUUUUAUUGUGUGGCUCAUAACAAUAAGUAAUACUACAUUAACAAAUCCUGAAUAAUACAUUAUAUAUAAUGCUGUAUAUUCAUGUAACUUGUACAGUUUUAAAAAAAAAAUUCUUUGAUUCAAAUUUUUGUGGAUUGAUCAAAAAUUUUAACUGAAAUGAACACAUUUUUACUGGAAAUUAUGAAAUCGAUAAACUUCUAUAAUAAGUAUUCUUAUCUUGAUUUACAAGUGUUAUUUUUAACAAUUUUGUUCUGCUUUCAAUCAAAUAUAGCAAACUAAGUUUAGAUAUCAUAAUAAUUUUCUACAAUGUCAUGAUCGGUCUUGAAUAUCCUAUUUUUUAGAUAAAAUUUUUUAACAUUGAAUAAAUUAAUUUGCAGUAUGAGCUGUGUUAUAAGUAUAUUACAUAAUUGUUUAAUUUCAUGGUGCUAAUUAAUUCGUGGUUUUCCUUGCCUGUCCGAGGUCAUUGGUAUUUAAUUUCCUUCAUUUGUUUGUAUUCACAGGUAUAAGAGAAUAUCUACAAAGCAUUGUUUGUAUAUUCACUAGAUAUUUAUUUUCUCGCUAUCAUUAAUGACGUAUUACAUAUCAAUCUUCAUUGCCCGUCAAAUUUUAUCAAUUAUAGCGUCUGUCUUUUUAGAAAGGUAGAUUUUUUUUUUUGGUCAAAUUUUUCCCAUUGCAUGAAUAAUAAUAAAGAUAAACUUGUUUAUAUUCAAUAAUGAUAAUCCACUAUGGCUAAUAAAAUUAUGAAAUGUUUUCGAGAUCUGAAAACAUUAUUUUGAAAUUUUUAAUUUUCAAUCGUCCAUGCUUCAAUUAAAUAGUAUUUAUUUUUCACCUUUUUACUCCUACUUCAGAGUAUUAACUCAAUCCAUUAAGUAUUCAAUAAUUUUAGUUAAUUUUAUAGUCAGUGCCCUGAGCAUAAUGUAUUAGUCCUUCACUAAAAGAGCUGUCUUACAUACCUAUUUGUAAUGAUGAAUGGAACAAAAAGAUCUUCCAACAAUAUAAUUUGUGAUUUUAUUUUAAGAGAUUUUAUUUGUAAGAGAUUUGAUUUCAGUAUUAAUGUGAAACUUUCCUGUCAUGUAUGCCUUUUGUAAUCUGUAUCAAAGGAGGGAAAACAAUGUUUUUUUUUCAUAAACAGUUGGUAGUUUAAAUAAUUUUCACUGUAUUCUGGCAGAGAAUGUACAACUAUUGCCUAAAACCUUCCUGAUUUGUGCAUUUUCUGUAUACAUUUUUAAUAGAACAUAUAUUUUUUCAUUCAUUGUGGGGUAAAAAAAGAUGUUUCUUUUGUUAGAUUGGUGAAAUAGUAUUUUGUUUUGCCUGUAGAUUGCCCAAAGGUCUCCAUUAUUUAG